AGAGUUUAUUGACAUUAGCCUGAUCCAGAAUCUUUGUGUGUGUGUGUGUUCCCAAAGAAGUUCCAAAGUCAGUCGAUGCCUAGGUCUAUAUUCAUCUGUUUACCUCAUACUAUUCAAUCGAUUUUUUUCCGCUUAUAAUGAUGACGAUUAUUAGUUGAAUGGAAUGAUCAAAAUUCCAUUGAAAUGGUCUUAGCCAGAUGGGAUUAUUUGCCUUCAAAUUUGAUUGAAUUGAUUGUAGCCAAUUUGACCGAUUUACAUGAUGUAUUAUCAUGUAUGUUGGUAUGUAAAAAAUGGUAUUAUACAUUAAAUGAUGAGAGAUCGGAUAUAUGGCGGAUAUUCUGUCAAAAUAAACUCUCCAAAGCUGUACUGAAAUCAAAUGUUUUAUCAAGUCUAAUAUCGUGCAAGGCAAAACUUCGUGCCUUUUAUUAUUCAUGGGAUUCAAAUGAAUGUUCACGGAAUAUUUAUAUCAAACCAAAUGGCUUUACAUUGCAUCGCAAUCCAGUUGCUCAAAGCACCGAUGCAGCCAAAGGUAAAAUCGGAUUCCUAACCGGGCGCCAUUGUUGGGAGGUUUGUUGGGAUGGUCCACUUGGAACCGUAGCUGUUGUUGGAAUUGCAACUAAAGAAGCAAGCGUUCAAGCACAAGGUUAUGUUGCAUUGAUUGGAUCAAAUCCACAUAGUUGGGGUUGGAACCUUGUAGAAAAUCAUCUUGUACAUGAUGGCCAUUGUAUUGGAUCAUAUCCACGUCUUAAUAAUGCACCACGGUAUCAAACGGGUGAUCGUUUACGUAUUAUUCUUGAUUGUGAAUCACAAACUUUAGCAUUCGAACGUGAUUAUGAAUUUCUUGGUAUUGCAUUUUAUUCGUUGCCUCGUAAACCAUUAUAUCCUGCCGUAUCGGCUGUUUAUGGCAAUACCGAAAUAUCAAUGGUCUAUCUGGGCUAUCCAUUAGAUGGAUGACAAUCUCAUAAAAUUAGGAAUUUUUUUUUGCAAUUUCUAUACAAAUAAUUUA